AUGCAAGUAAAACCUUGGGGGACCUCGAUCCCAGCAUGUUCUCUCUUCGUUUUGGACUGCCAUGCGACUAAAAUCAACGGCGCUACUGAUGCCGUCUCAGCUCUGUGGAAUACCGCUGGCUACCUCCACGUGGGUGGUACGCUUAUCACUGAGCUACCGCGGUCAGCAACUGUAUUUCCAUUUUUUAAGCUGCGAGUGGAUCGCACCAAUAUUUCCUUCUUUUGGGACUGGAUCGAUCCAAUGGUUGCCAAGGCAGGUCUGAUGUACAACAGUCUUCCGACGGUAUUAGCGACAGAGUCUCCGUAUUGCGAAGAGUUGCAGCGAAUUUUUGAAGGGAAGCAAACCAAUUUUUCCACGACGUGGCGCCAAGGACAGUCAAGGAUCUUGUCAGAUGCGUCUUCAGGCAACUGGGCGACACUUAAAAAGGCCGUAUCCUGCGGGGCUUGGACACAGACACUGUAUCCUAUUGAGUUUGAAGAUCAGCACAGCAAGAUCAAUGCUGAAAUGUAG